AUGGAGAUGGAACGGCAAUUAAGAGGAAUAGAAGAAGAAAACGCAAACCUGCGACAACUAGUUGCUCGCGAAGGGAAUCAGGUAGAUGACUGGGUAAUCUCUCGCGAUGAAAUUCAAAUGACUAGUACACUUCUCGGGAAAGGAAGCUGGGGAGAAGUUUUCGAGGGCAAGUAUUGUGGCCUUCCUGUUGCCGUGAAACAGAUCCAUAGCAACAUAGCUUCUCCUCAUAACGUUAAUUUGGUGCUGCGAGAAAUCCACGUCGCCUCAAGAUGCCGCCAUCCUUGCCUGCUGCAGUUCAUCGGAGCAACUAUUGACUACGAAGGGGCCCCUCUACUGGUGACAGAACUCAUGGGAACAAGCUUGAGAGAGUUGUUGGAAAAGCGACCUCUUUCCAAAACCGAAAUACACGCUAUUUCUCUGGAUGUGGCUCGAGCUUUAAAUUACUUUCACCAAAAGAAACCUCCAAUACUCCAUCGCGACGUAAAGAGUACAAAUGUGUUGCUAUGGCGACAAGGAAACCUAUGGAGGGGUAAAGUUUCAGAUUACGGUAGUGCCAAAUUAGGUGAACAAAACGUCGUCUGGUCUAUCGCUCCUGGAUGUAUUGCUUACAGUGCGCAUGAAACUUCUCCGCGCGAACAAACAGCGAAGAUUGAUGUCUACAGUUUUGGUGUUCUUCUCUGUGAAAUGUGCAUCAGGAGUUUUCCAGAUCCUCAAAAGCGAACAGAGCAAGUCGCUAUGGUGACAGAUAACGAGCUGCGAGACCUUGUGUGCCGAUGUCUACAAUUAGAUCCCAAGGAAAGACCAGACAUGAAAGCGAUUACAAACGAACUGGGACAGUUCCCUGAAACGUUGUAA